GGGUGAGGGGUGUGCAGAGCCCGGGGGUGCCCCACGCCCGGUCCCAGGGGAUGUGUCUUGUGGGUCCCCCCCACUCCAGGGAGGGUCUGUACAGAUGGGGGUCCUCAGCCCUGGGGGGGGGGGGGCUGUCCUUGGGGAGUCCUGGUAAAGGUGGGGGGCCCACACCCGAGAGGUCUCUAUGCUGGGGGGUCCAGCACCCAGGAGAUCCCACACUUGGGGGGAGGUUGCUUUUGUUGGGGGUGAGGGGCUCCUACACCCAGAGGGUCUCACUCCAUUGGGGGUGUCGCAUAUCCUGGGGGGUGCCCACCCGGUGUUGUCCCCCCCACCUCGCAGCGAGACAGUGCUGUGCAGCGCCCGGGCAGCGGUGCUGCUCUACGAUGACACCCACAAGCAGUGGGUGGCAGCCGGGGGGGGGCCCCAAACCGUCAGCUGCGUCCAGCUCUACCAUCACCCCGGCACCAACGGCUUCCGCCUGGUAGGGCGCAAGAUGCAGCCCGACCAGCAGGUGGUCCUGAACUGCCCGCUGGGGAGGGGGCUGCGGUACAGCCAGGCCACCCCCCAGUUUCACCAGUGGCGGGAGGCCCGUCGGGUCUGGGGGCUCAGUUUCGGGGCCCCCCAGGAGGCCGCCCUCUUUGCCUCCGCUGUCCUGCGAGCCCUGAAGGCACUGGAGGAGGGCACCCCACUGUCCUGGCCAGACUCUGAUGGUUCGGCUGCAGAGGAGCCUGAGCAUCAAGAGAGGCAGGUGCUGGAGGAGCCUGAGCGCCGUGUGGCAGCUGCAGGCACCCAGGCCGUGUCCAUUGGAGGCCCCCCACCGCCUCCUGGCCCCCCACCGUCCCUGGGCCCUCCCCCACCCCCUGGCCCCCCGCCAGCCUCGGGGGUCCCGCCAGCCCCCCCCUUGCCGGUGGCAUCGGGUGCUGCUGCGGGGGGUCCCGGGGGAGGCUCUGGCUUUGCUGCUGCCAUCGCAGGGGCCAAACUCAGGAAAGUGGGCAAGGACGAGGCUGUGGGUGCAGGCCCCCCCCCUGCACCUCCCAAGGGUGAGAGUGCCCGGGGGGGCACUGGGGGGGGGCUGAUGGAGGAGAUGAGUGCCAUGCUGGCCCGACGGAGGAAAGCCACCCUGCAGGGGGACAAGACAGCACCAAAGAGGGACGAAGACAUCGCCAGUGACGAGGCGGAGCCGGGCACUAGGACCCAGGGGCAGCCCGCGGAGCCCGUGCGGAGGCCAUGGGAGAAGGCCAGCUCCACGCUGCCAAGGAUGAAGUCGGCUGUCCCAGCUGCUCCCGCCGACCCCCCCGGUCCCACCGAGGAACCCGACCUGGAGCGAAUCAAACAGGAGCUGCUGGAGGAGGUGCGGAGGGAGCUACGGAAGAUGAAGGAGGAGAUCAUUGAAGCGUUCGUGGCUGAGCUGCGGAAGCGGAACGCACCCUAAUCCCCCUCAGGCUCCCCAAAGUCGGGGAGGUGGUCUCCCCUACUUCACCUCCACCCUCAUCUCACUCCCCCUACGCCGGAUCCUCCCCCCUAGGCUGUGCCUUACCAGCCGGGGGGGGGCCAAAGCAGCCCCCCCUCCACUGUGCCCCCUCCUCACCGCCACUUUGGAGACCCCCCCCCUUUUUUUUUACACAUGGUGGGAGCACUGUGAGGUGCCCCCUCCCUCCUCUCCUCCCCUCGGGGUCUCUUUUAUGCCACUUCUGGGUUUUUCACCUUUUUAUUUAGGGUUUGGGGUUUUUUUUGGGGGGAGAGCUUUGGGGCAUCCCCCUCCCCUGACGAACAGUAAACGCCGUUGUUUUGUACAUGA